AUGUCAACUGUAUCAGAUGUUAUCUCACACGACCACCAUGGCAAAACCCAAUUCACCUGGGAGUUGGCCAGACACUCGAUCGGCGAGGAAUUGGUAGUCUACCCGGCCUUUGAGAAGUACAUUGCGGAUGGCAAAGCUAUGGCUGAUAAGGAUAGAGCAGAGCUCGCCAAGGCAAAAGAGCUCCUCAACACCUUUCAACAGCUCAAACCGUCCAUUCCCGAGUUCGAGCGAACUCUCAAACAACUCAUGGGAGAGUUAUCCGAGCAUAUCAAGGGAGAAGAGCAAGAAGAUAUGCCUAAACUAGAACAAUCCCUUCCCGGUGGUGAAUCAGCCGAACUUGCUACUAGCUUCCAAAGGACCAAAAAGUUUGUUCCGACUAGAAGUCACCCAAGUGCUCCUGACAAGCCGCCCUUCGAGACUGUGGUGGGACUAAUGACCGCUCCAAUCGAUAAAUUAGGUGACAUCUUCAGACGUUUCCCUAAAGAUUAA